AUGGGCGGCCCGGGCUGCCCGCGGGCGCUGUGCAGCUACUCCACCGCGCAGGUGGUGGUGGUGAGGAACCGGCACCUCGGCACCGCGUACCGUGCGCUGCAGCUCCUCGUCCUGCUUUACUUCGUCGGCUAUGUGUUCAUCAUUCAGAAGGGCUACCAGGAGUGUGAGACAAGCCCGGAGAGCUCUGUCAUCACCAAAGUCAAGGGUGUGACAGAGUCACCAAGCAAGGUGUGGGAUGUCGGCGAGUACGUGGCUCCCCCCGAGGGUGGGAGCACCUUCAGCAUCCUCACACGGGUGGAGGUCAGCCCUGCCCAGACGCUAGAGACCUGCCCUGAGAAGCUAACAGUCCACAGUGCUGCGUGCAACUCCGACCAUGACUGCAUCCCUGGGGACGUGGACAUGUUGGGCCAUGGGGAGAAGACAGGGCGCUGCGUGCCCAAUGCUGGGGGCACCAAGAAGAGCUGUGAGAUCCUGGCUUGGUGCCCAGUAGAUGAAGAGAGUGUCAGUGAGUCCUUGGCGAAGAUGGCACCACAGUUCACCAUCCUCAUCAAGAACAGCAUCCACUUCCCCCGCUUCGGCUUCUCCAAGGGCAACAUUCAGGCUGCUGAGAGCAGUUACUUGAAAAGCUGCACCUUCAAUGCCACCUCUGCCCUUUACUGCCCCAUCUUCAAGCUGGGCUUCAUCGUGGAGCAGGCGGGAGAGGACUUUAUGGAGCUGGCUGAGAAGGGUGGGGUGAUUGGUGUGAUUAUCAGCUGGAACUGUAACCUGGACCUGCCUGACACCGAGUGCAACCCCCACUACUCCUUCCGCCGCCUCGACCCCAAGACCACUUUGGCUUCCUCUGGCUACAACUACAGGUUUGCCAAGUAUUACAAGUGGAAUGGGACCCACACACGAGUGUUGAUCAAGGCCUAUGGGAUCCGUAUUGAUGUGAUCGUGCAGGGCCAGGCAGGGAAGUUUAGCCUGAUCCCCACUGUCAUCAACCUGGCCACGGCCCUGACCUCGGUGGGAAUGGGCUCCUUCCUCUGCGACUGGAUCCUGCUGAGCUGCAUGAACAAGGACCAGGUGUACAGCCGCAGGAAAUUCGAGCAGGUACAGCCAGAGCUGGAAGGAGCCACCGUGCCAGGCUGUGAUAACGUUUCCUCCGUCCAGGACCAGCCGGGUCCCACCCCGCUCUGAGGUACCUGCUUUUCCUGCAUGGAGCUGCCCGGGAUGUGCCUGACAGCUCACCGGCUGCUGCCACCGGCCACCAGGAGCCACAUCCCUGUCCCCUCCUCUUUCCUCGGCCGGGUGCCAAGUAGCUCCUGCCAGGUCCUGCCUUUGGGCAUUGCCACUACCCGGCCGGCACAGGGCACUGGCAGCACCAUCCCGGCCCGUGCUGAGGAAUGGAGCAAA